AUGAGUUGGUCACAUUUCUCCCUUUCCCUGUUGCACAUUCUGGCCAAAUGCAGCAAAAAGAGCGGACGGUGGACGAGGACAGCGGUUGCGGCCCCCACAAACGAGGAACAAGAAAUGACGGCCCCAUGCCGCGGCGCAGCCAGGCUUACCGCUGUUCUCUUCACGCUGUGUUGCCUACGUCAAGGUGCUGCUCAAUCUGACAGCUGUGCCGUCGCCGACAUCGGGAACGGCCUGUGCGAGGAAGGCAAUAACAACGUUUUCUGCAGUUACGACGGGGGCGAUGUGAGUUUAGUUGCUUGCUCAUCGCUGUUGUGCUGUUACUGUACCUGCAGCGGCGCGCUCUGUCAGAGUGUUACGUUCGACUGCUUGGACCCCGAUGCCGAUGACGAGUUUUACGAGUGUGAGGCCGCGCCGCCCACCGCCUUGCCCUGCUCAGCGGAGGUUCAGCAGACCUGGGUGGUGGAUGAUUCGGCGCAGGCACAGGCUCUGGCCUCAGCCGUCAACUGUUCGGGAGGGUCGUUCGAGGUUGAGUGGAGAGGCACCGUGGUCGUAGAAAGCGUGUUUUACGUCGUGGACGGCACGACUCUCAGUAUUACGGGCGACGGCUCGAGCGCCGCCAUCGACGGUAACGCAGCGACCCGACUCUUUACCGUUGUCAACGCCACCCUGCACUUGACCGGUGUGGACGUCACCUCUGGUGCGAGCACCACUGGCGGGGCGAUCGCUGCGGCAGGCGCUACCUUGACCCUCAACCAAACCAAUUUUCUCAGGAACACCGCCACCGGCAACGGCGGUGCCAUUUACCUAUCAGACGGCUCCAGUAUGGUAUGUUCCGGCGGAGGAUCAUUUACCGAGAACGAUGCGUCUGUCGACGGUGGCGCCCUCUACGUGACUGGCGGUUCGGUGGUUUCAUGCGGCGGGUCGUGGUUCGGCAACGUGGCCGGCGACAGCGCUGGCGCGAUCAUUGUGGACGGCGAGUCCAGCUUGUCGUGGAGCGAAGACGCCAUUUUUGGCUUCAACCUUGCAGAAACUUGGGGUGGUGCCGUGUAUGCUAGGAGCGGCGCGAGUGUAUCGUGGAACGCGUCUACGCGGUUCCUUUCCAACACCGUUGGGUCCUUGGGUGGCGCUUUAGCUAUCGUGAACGGGUCGACAGCAUCUUGGACCGGCGAAACAACUUUCGAGUCCAAUUAUGCCACAUCAACGACCUCCGGUAUAGGUGGAGCUCUGGUGGUUUACGCGAGCAGUAGCGCGUCUUGGAGCGGGGUCACGACUUUCAAGAACAACGCCGCUGAGGUGAUCGGUGGAGCCGUGUGGGUUGCCAAUGGAUCGGAGGCAUCGUGUACUGGAGAUGAGGCGAUAAGCACGUUUUCAGGCAAUUCGGCAGGACAUGGGGGAGCAAUCGUAAGUGAAGACUCGGGCAUUUCCUUCGAGGGCAACUCUUCCUUCGACAGCAACCGCGCUGUAGGACUUGCAGGUGACACGGGUCAUGGUGGUGCUUUUGCCGUGUCGGGGUCUGCUGUUUCGUUGAGUGGAGAGAUGCUGAUGUCUAAUAAUUCGGCCGUCCAGUUCGGUGGCGCCAUCUUCUCUCUUACAAGUCAGAUUUCAUGGGCUGGGGAAACCGCGCUUGUGGAAAAUUCAGGUGCCGUCGGUGGGGCGGUGGCACUUUUCUUCUCGGGGCUCCAAUGGAGUGGAGAUGCAUCAUUUUUGAGAAAUUAUGCCACCGAGGACGGCGGUGCACUCUACGUGAGUGAAUCGAGUGCAGCGUGGAGUGGAAAUACGCUGCUGCUAGACAACUCGGCCAUGCAGGCGGGGGGCGCUGUGGGAGCUGUCAACGCAACGGUCGUAUGGAGCGGGCACACUGAAGUGUUUAAUAAUUCGGCCGGAGGGUUCGGGGGUGGCGGGAUGGAAUUCUCCGUUUCCUCCACAGUUGAGUGGAGCGGAAACACGACAUUUGCACACAAUCGCGCUGUGCUUGGUGGAGCGCUGUAUGCAUCUGGCUCUUCUAGAGUGUUUUGGAGCGAAGGGGCAACGAUUUUCCUGAACAAUUCCGCUGUCAGUACAGGAGGCGCCGUUGAGGUCUCUGGGGCGAUGAUCUCUUGGAGUGGAGACACGGAGUUCACCGGAAAUGUGGGGCCGUCGGGCAGUGCUGUUGUUGUGACCUAUGGCUCUAGCGGGUCCUGGAGCGGAGGAACGACGAUCUUCGCCGACAACAGUGCUUCGCUCGAUGGUACCGUGAUGGUUGAUAACUCAACCGUCUCCUGGAGCGGAGCCACCGAGUUUAUUGGCAACAGCGCUGAAUCUAGGGGAGGGGCUCUUCUGAUCAGAAACGGCGCUAAUGUGAGCUGGACUGGAGACACCAACUUUGUGUCGAACAAAGCAGUGCUUGGAGACGGAGGCGCGGUGGCAACAAAUGCGCUAUCUACGUCAAACUCGAUACUCUUCAUUAACGGAACCACAAUCUUCUCCGACAACUCAGCGGGAGGAAACGGGGGUGGCAUGGCUCUGUUCGUCGAUGUCGCUUUGAACAUCGGCACGGUGGAUGUCAGCUUUUUGGGAAAUUCUGCCGGAGUCGCCGGAGGGGCCAUGUUUGUGUCAAGUGUCAGCAUUGGGCCGAGGUUCAACUCCGUCAGUUUCGUCUCCAACUCGGCUGAGAUCGGGGGUGGUAUCUCCAUAUUUGGGUCUGGUACUGACGAGAGCGGAGACCUUCCCACGACAUUUGAUACGUGCCAGUUCAUCGGUAACCAGGCAAUAUCAACGGGAGGAGCCAUCAACAGCGCGGCUGGAGAAGACGCCAUUGAAAACAGCGUAUUCGAAGGCAACUCGGCGGGAACGGGAGGAGCUCUGAGACUAGCAGGCGAAGCAUAUAUUUCCAACUGUUCUUUCCGGGAAAACACGUCGGACGAAGGAGAAGGGGCAGCCGUGUCAAAUAUCGGCUUCAUUUCCAGCAUCACAAACGCCUCUUUUGACGGCAAUGGUUUCGACUGCCCAGCGGGAACUUUUCGGAACGUCACAGGGUCUGUCGAUCACUUCGAGGCCAUCUGCAACGGAUGCGAGACUACUUGCGACGGAUGUGUCUUCGCCGAAGGGUCGCUGGCUCCGAUCUGCACAGAGGUGAUGGACCACUCCACCAGCGAUGGUGGCAACGUCACCUUGCAGACGCUUUCGAUCGACAGGGGAUUCUGGCGAGCCAGCACGUCCAGCACGGAGGUUCUCGCGUGCUACCACGCCGACGCUUGUCUUGGUGGAGUGACGGGGGCAUCCGGAUAUUGCGAGGAGGGCUACGAAGGACCAUAUUGCGGUAUCUGCAGCGAUGGGUAUACGGAACAACUGAGCUUCGCUUGCAGCAAGUGCUCCGAAAACAGCGCUGGUGGUAUCGCCGUCGCAGUUGUUCUUGCUCUCCUCAUCGUCUUCUUAGCCGUCGCCGUCGUCUCGUACGUGACUUCGGGGGAGGUCGGCAUGGGUCGUAAGGGAGGAAUUGUGGAGCUCGUGACGCGAUACAUACCACUUCAAUCCUUGAAGAUCGUGAUCGUUUCGUGGCAGAUCCUCACACAGUUCACUUCUGUGGCGAACGUCACCUACCCAGACGUGUAUCAAGACCUGUUGGACGUUCUGGACGUGUUCAACUUCGACCUCAGCUGGCUUCUCUCGGCAGGGUGCGUAGUCGACAUGAACUUUCACGGCCGCCUCCUGGUCUCCACGAUCAGCCCCAUCGUGGCCCUGUUGCUCCUGGCGUGCACCUACGCUGCGGCCGCACGAAUAAAUCGCGGAGAACCCGAGAAACUCAACAUCAUCUGGAACAAGCACGUGACUGUGGUGCUCCUGCUAACUUUCUUUGUGUACUCGAGCGUCAGUUCCACCCUCUUCAGGGCUUUCGCAUGCGACGACCUGGACUACAGCAAAGACUACCUCCGUGCAGACUAUAGCAUAGAGUGCAAUUCCUCUGAGCACAGGGGGAUCCAGGUGUACGCGGGCUUCAUGAUUGUGAUCUACACCGUGGGCAUUCCUGCCCUCUACGCCGAGCUCCUGUUCAAGAGUCGCGACGUGUUGAAGGACGAAGACCCCGACCGAGAAGAACCUCCCCGCGUCAAAUCGAUCUCCAAUCUGUGGGAACCGUACAAGCCGGCGGUGUUCUACUACGAGGUGAUCGAGUGCUUCCGGCGGGUUCUGCUUGCCGGCGUGGUAGUGUUCAUCUAUCCUAACACGGCGGCGCAAAUCGCGGUGACCCUUUUGAUCGCUUUCGCUUUCGCCCUGCUCUCCGAAGGACUCGCUCCGUACGCAUCCCGGUGGGACACCUGGAUCAGCAGAGUUGGGCACAUUGUCGUAUUCUUGAGCAUGUACGUCGCCCUCCUCCUGAAAGUGGACGUGUCCGACGAACGGGCCAGCAGUCAGGAGGUGUUUGAGAGUGUCCUUGUGGCGGUCCAUGUGUGCAUGAUACUGUUCGUGCUGGUUGAGGCCGCUGUGCAAGCGUGGUCAUUGCGGGAGGAGCGACGUUCUCUGUCGGCUGCGUCACCCCGCUUCCGUAGCGGGAAGUCCUUGACCCGUAACCCUUAAGUAGAUCGGACCUGCUUGCUCGCUCUUUGGCUAUCGAGAUCUCCAACAAGGCACGGCGGUACCGCAAGGUUCGUCGUGCGUCUGCCGGGCUGCCUCGUGCACAUGGUGGGUACUCACGUGAAAGGCAGGCUGCCACUGGGUGAGAGGCGCGCACACGAAGUCAUGUGGUGUAUCGUGGGUGGGUGUGAGGAGGAGUCAGCACGCUGAAGAGUCAGCUGUGUUGUACGGACAUUUUCUUAGAUACCUGUGAAGUCCAAUAUUCGUUUUCUGGCUUUGACUUGUUUUGAGCUUCCACGUAUUGACUAGAGAAUCUACACCAUUGCUUUCGAGCAAACACACUCUUCCCUGAGCAAUAGCAAGUUUAUUUUCAAGGAGUUUCGCCUGAUGCGGGGGGGUAGGGUGAACGGUUUGUGGUCUUGCAAGGUUUUAGGCAAGACUGGGGUGGAUCUCACUUUUUUGGGGCGUGGAGGUUUUUGGGGAAGGGUCUUCGUCGACCCUUGCACGACAAGUUCCCCCCUUUUCUUCACUGCGUAAUCUAUAGGCACAGAUCCCAAUACAAUGGAACCAGUUCAUAUGGCCCCUUAGUCGUACGUAGAAUAACUGUUUCUCGCUGUGGGCAGGUAUCGUAAGCUGUACCUAGGGAUCAUUGCGUUUCGAACAACCCUUUUGACCAUUCC